UUGACAAGACCAUGGCACACGCGAUCCUCAAACGCCUCUCGCACUUCCUAGGCCUGCCCUCGCUCCACCAAACCGGCCGCGACGCCUACACCAUCAUCACGCUGCGUUCACUCCGCAUGUUCUCGGCAGGGAUCCCGUCCCUGAUCCUCGCGCUCUUCUUCUCGUCGCUGCAUUUCCCGGAUACGCGGAUCGGGCUCUUCAUGACGCUGACGCUGCUAGGCGACGUGAUCCUCUCGCUGCUGCUAACGCUCGUGGCGGAUAAACUCGGACGGCGCAAGAUCCUGCUGUUCGGGUCGAGCAUGAUGGUCGUGUCGGGCGCGGCGUUCGCCACGAGCGAGAAUUUCUGGGUGCUGCUGGGCGCGGCCGUGGUUGGGGUCAUCAGCGUGACGGGUGGGGAUUGUGGGCCGUUCCGGGCAGUCGAGGAGAGCGUGUUGAGUGGGUUGACGGAUGAGAGGACCAGAGGGGAUGUGCUGGCUUGGUAUGUGACUGCUACGACUAUGGCUGGGGCUGUGGGGAGCGAGGUUGCGGGGCGAGUGGUGAGUUGGGUGGAGAAGAGCAGCGGCGAUGCGAAGAAGGCGUAUCAUGUUUUGUUUUGGGGGUAUGCUGGGUUUGGGGUGGUUGGGUGUAUUCUGUGUUUGGGGUUGAGUGGGCGGUGUGAGGUUGCGGGGGAGAAGCGGGUGGUGGAAGAGCGAGGGAGGAGAAGGACGCGGGGUUCGAUUGGGGAUGGAGACGGAGAGGAGGAAGAGGUGUUGCUACAGCCUCAGACUCCGUCUACGACUGAUGGGUUCGACCACGCCGACGAAACUGAGGAUCAGCGAACCGCACUGCGAGGUUCCUCCUCACAGGAGAAGAAGAAACCAUCCUACUUCUCGCAGAUAUCGAAACCCACCCGACGCAUCAUGUACCCUCUCUGGAUUCUCCUCUCUGUCGAUUCCCUCGCCGACGGCAUGACUCCUUACUCCCUGAUGAACUACUACGUGGACCAAAAGUUCCACCUCAGCAAAUCUGCUCUGGGCGACAUAACCUCGGCCUCGCAGUUCCUCUGCGCCGUCGGGGCCAUCUUCGCAGGACCAAUCUCGCGCCGCAUCGGCCUAAUCAACACAAUGGUUUUCACGCACCUCCCCAGUAGUAUCUCGAGCGCAUUCAUCCCGUUACCGAGUAGUGUAGGAUGGACGGUCGCCCUGCUGCUGUUCCGCGCGGCGCUGAAUUCCAUGGACCAAGCGCCUCGGACGGCGUUUAUUGCUGCAGUCGUCAAGCCAGAAGAGCGAACCGGCGCUAUGGGAAUUACGAGUAUGAUGCGGACUUUGGCGCAGUCCAUGGGACCUUCUGUGACGGGGUUGUUGGCUGGGAAUGAUAGGUUCUGGGCUGCCUUCGUGGCGACGGGAAUCUGUCGUGUGAGCUAUGACAUGGGGCUUUGGAUCUUGUUUGUCAAUGUAAAAGUUGACGGGGGAAAUGGGGAGAGUAAGAACGCAGAGAACGCUGGUGUUGAUGUAAAUGUUGUGGAUGAUGCUGAGGCGUUGGAAGGGUUAUUGAGUGAUGCUGGGAGCGAUGAUGAUUCCAGAAGAUCUCCCAUCUAG